AUCCACAGAGUUUCUUCUUUGCAAAAAGUGUCGUCAACGAAUCCUCUCAUUCACACAACAAAGUGGAGAUUUCUCUUUAUUUUAUUGCAUCGUGAAGCUUCUUGAUUCCAUCAAUGGGUUCUGUAAUGAGCUUGAGCUGUAGAAAGAGGAAAGCUACGAGUCAGGAGGAUGUGGAAACCGAAUCUGUUAAAAGACAAAAGAUAUGCUCAACCAACGAUGAUGAGAAUUGCAGAUUGAUUCUUCCAGAUGAGUUUUCUUGGAAACGUCCUUUGAGUUUCUGUGCCAACAGAGUCUUCAACGUCGCAGCGAGUGUUUAUACAAAAUUCAUAUUCCAACAAGACAGCAAAGAUAUUAUAACGUCUUCUGUAUCUCGGAACUGGAAAUACCAUGUCUUCCCAAGCUUCCACGGGGCAGACGUCCGAAGCACCUUUCUUAGUCACAUCCUGGAAUCAUUCAAGAGAAAGGGAAUCGACACAUUCAUUGAUAAUGAUAUACCGAGGAGCAAGUCGAUCGGUCCUGAGCUCAAAGAAGCUAAUAAAGGAUCGAAGAUCGCAAUCGUGUUAAUUUCCAAGAACUAUGCUUCUUCUUCGUGGUGUCUUGAUGAGUUGGCAGAGAUCAUGAAAUGCAGGAAAGAGUUGGGUAAAAUAGUCGUGACUAUUUUCUAUGAAGUGGAACCAACUGAAGUAAGGAAACAGACAGGAGGUUUUGGAGAAGCCUUCAGAAAAACUUGUGAAGGUAAAACAAAAGAGCGCACUGGGAUAUGGAGAAAAGCGUUGGAAGAUGUGGCCACAAUCGCGGGAUAUCAUUUUCACCAAUGGAUCAAUGAAGCGGCCAUGAUCAAAAAGUUAGCCAGUGAUAUUUCAAACAUGUUGAAUAACUCGACACCGUCAAGAGAUUUUGAUGGUUUAGUUGGGAUAGAAGCUCAUAUGAAAAGGAUAGAGCAAUUAUUACGCCUAGAUUUGGAUGAGGUAAAGAUAAUUGGGAUUUGGGGUCCGCCUGGUAUAGGCAAGACAACCAUCGCUAGAUUUAUGUUAGAGCGAUUCUCUAGCAGAUUCCAACUUAGUGCAAUCAUGGUUGAUAUUAGAAGAAGUUAUCCCUAUCCAAGGACUUGUUCGGAUGAGUAUAGUGCUCAGUUGCAACUUCAAACCCAAAUGUUGUCUCAAAUGAUGAAUCAGAAAGAUAUCAAGAUUUCUCAUUUAGGAAUGGCCCAAGAAUGGUUGAAAGAAAAGAAAGUGUGUCUCGUUCUUGAUGAAGUAGAUCAGUUAGGACAAGUAUAUGCCUUGGCGAAGGAAACCCGAUGGUUUGGUCCUGGAAGUCGAAUUAUUAUCAUAACAGAAGAUUUAAGAGUUCUUAAAGCUCUUAAGAUCAAUCAUUUUUACACAGUGAGUUUUCCAACAAGUGAUGAGGCUUUUCAAAUCUUUUGUAUGCAUGCCUUUGGACACAAGCACCCAGAUGAUGGCUUCGAUGAGCUUGCUAGGAAAGUUUCAUGCCUUGCUGGUGAACUCCCUUUGGGUCUGAAGAUUCUAGGCUCCACUUUGAAAGGAAGGCCCAAGGCAGAGUGGGAGAGGACACUACCAAUGUUAAAGACCAACCUUAAUGGAGAAAUAAAGAACAUUAUAAUGUUCAGUUAUGCUGCCUUAGAUAAUGAUGAGUAUAAAUAUUUAUUUCUUUAUAUAUCUUGCUUUUUCAACGGCGUAUAUCAACAUAAAGUGGAAGCGAUUCUUGCAAAGAAGUUCUCGGAUGUGAGGCAAGGUCUUGACGUUUUAGCUGAAAGAUCUCUCAUAUAUAUUAAAAAUGGAAUGAUACGGAUGCAUCGUUUGCUACAUCAAUUUGGAUUAGAAACUUCACGUAAGCAAUUUGUUCAGCAUGGCCUUAGGGAACAUUAUCUUUUAGUCGAUGCAAGAGAUAUAUGUGAAGAGCUUAGCAAUGAUACAACAGAUAAUAGGCGUUUUAUGGGCAUAAAUUUAGAUUUAUCUAAUACCGAGGAAAAAUUGACCGUAAGGGAAAAAGCACUUGAAAGAAUGUUUGAUCUCCAAUUCGUAAAAAUCAAAGGUCUGGACCUUGCUCAGGUUGAGAGACUGCAUUCACUGCUUCAUUAUCCUCAAAAUAUUAGAUUAGUAGAUUGGAGUCAUUUCCAGAAUACAUGUUUGCCAUCUACUUUUAAUCCCGAAUUUCUCGUCGAACUAUGUAUGAGUUACAGCAAGCUUCAAAACCUAUGGGAAGGAACUAAACAACUUAAAAAUCUUAGGUGGAUGGAUUUGUCUUACUCUAAAGAUCUGAAAGAGCUUCCCGAUCUUUCAACUGCCACUAAUCUUGUUGAGUUAAAUCACUCCUUUUGCUCAAACCUUGUGAAAAUCCCUUCUUCUAUUGGGAAUGCAACCAACCUCCAGAAACUAAAUCUCUCUUAUUGCUCAAACCUUGUGAAAAUCCCUUCUUCUAUUGAGAAUUUGACCAAUCUCGAGAGAUUAGAUCUCUCUUAUUGCUUAAGUCUUGUGGAGAUUCCCUCACUUGUGAAUGCAACUAAACUUGAGGUAUUGUAUCUUAGUGAUUGCUCAAGUCUACUAGAGCUCCCUGCUUCUAUUGGAACUGCCACAAAUCUGAGGGAAUUAGAAAUCAGAGGGUGCUCAAGUCUCGUCAAUCUCCCCUCCUCUAUUGGAGAUCUCACUAAUCUCAUAGAAUUUGAUCUAUCUAACUGCUCAAAUCUGGUGGAGCUUCCAUCCUCUAUAGGGAACCUUCAGAGAUUGUCUACGUUGAAAAUGAGAGGGUGCUUAAAGCUAGAGGCUCUUCCAACCAACAUCAACAUGAAAUCUCUCUAUUUACUUGAUCUCACAGAUUGCUCGCAGUUGAAAAGGUUUCCUGAGAUCUCCACAAAUAUUCGGUAUCUGUUGCUCACAGGAACUGCAAUAAAAGAAGUUCCUUUGUCGAUUAUGUCGUGGUCUCGUCUUUUAGAUUUUCAUAUGUCAUACUUUGAAAGCCUCAAGGAAUUCCCGCAUGCUCUUGACAUCAUCACAGAGCUGCAGUUGAAUGAAAAUAUACAAGAAGUUGCUCCAUGUGUCAAGGGAAUGUCUCGUUUACGUGUCCUUAGACUCGACAACUGCAAGAAUCUGGUAUCCCUCCCCCAAUUUUCAGAUUCCCUAUAUGACAUAGAUGCAGAAAAUUGUCAAUCCCUUGAGAGACUGGAUUGUUCCUUUAACAAUCCGGAGAUCCGUUUGAAGUUCAGCAACUGCUUCAAACUGAAUCAAGAAGCCAGAGAUCUCAUCAUGCACACAUCCACUUCUGAUUAUGCAAUGUUACCAAGUACAGAAGUGCCUGCCUGCUUCAAUCACCGAGCUACUGCUGGAAGUUUAUUGACAAUCAAGUUGAAUGAGUUGCUUCUUCCUAAAUCUUUGAGAUUUAAGGCUUGCAUCAUGCUGGUUAAUAUCAACGGAGAAACUGGUGAUGAUCGUUGUUCUAUAUUUAUUAAGAUCAAGGACAAACAGAAUGAUCUCAAAGUUCGGUCACCAAGCAGCCAUCAUAUAUUUGGAGUUUUAAGAGAGCAUAUCUACAUAUUUGAAGUUGAAACAGAGGAGGUUACUUCCACCGGGCUUGUCUUUGAGAUGGGAACAUACGCUAAUAAAAACUAUAAGAUUGGAGAAUGGGGUCUAUAUCAGAUCUUGGAGGUUCCUUAGUGUUAA